AUCUAGUCUCAGUCGCGACCCGAAAUCAACGCGAUUCGCUAUCAUCCCUGGACCUUAACAUUUAAAUGUUUUUAUUUACCGUAAAGUUUAAAAAUAAUUUUUAUAAUUAAAUUUAUUUAAAUAAAUGAUGUUACUUUUUUAAAAUAAUGAAUGCAUUACAUAUUCAAAAAAUAUAAAAGUUUUGUAUUGUUAUAAAAUAGUGAAUACUAAAUAAUUUAAAAGCCGGUUAAAAUUUAAAAAAACAAAAUGAAAUUUUUGACCCAUAUAAAAUUAAAAGGAAAGACACAAUGGAUUUGUUGUUAAAAAUUCUAGUGUUCUUAAUUCGAAUAAGUUAAUUUAUCUCGGAGUGGAAGUUUUCGAUUCUCAAGUUUAUCUUGUUAAACAACUAAACUAAAAGUUAAAACAACAUCAAAUCUGUUGUGGAGAAAACAGAUUGUUGGAAAUCAGGGAAAAGCGUAAAAGCGAGAGAAAACUUACUACUUCAACAGGUGGCCGGUAAUACGCGUGACUAUCAUAUUCACGAGCUUUAAAAACUUAUUAAAUGUAAGCCAAAAAAAAUAAGUAAACCAAAACUAAGAAUAAAAAAUAGUAAUAAAAUACAAAAAUACUAUUUCGUUGUUUAAAAAUAUGUAAAGUUUUUUUUUUUUUUAUUGUCGUUAACAAUUUACGUUUUCGGAGUGGAUUACAUUUUCCUCCCGUCAUUUUUCCUUGACUAUAAAAAUAUGAAAUAAAAAAAAAGCUUAAUAAAAAUGUGGUGGAUUGAAAGUAUGGGAAAAAGCUUUUUACAGCUCCUAAAAUUCUCACAGUACUCCAUUGAAUUCAAAGGAAUCCAAGUGUAUGAAAAAAAAAAAUCAAAAGCUUCAUUCCAUUACUGUGCAGUAUAAAUUUUCAAAAUAAAGUAUUUCAUCUCGCAGAAUAUCAAAGGAAUUAAUAAAAAUUUAUUUAUUUAAAUAAGCAAGAUUAAAUAUGCGCAACUCAUAAAUCUAUUCAACAGCAUAAAAGCUCGACUCCAAUAUUUGUAUUUAUACUUUUAUUAUACAACGCGUUAAUACUUUAAAGCUGCAUAAAAAUAAAUCCGUCGGAUUCAACCGCAAAUGAAUAGAAAAAUUCAAAAUGAACAUCACUCUUGCGUCAUUAAUAUACAAUUUGACAAGAAACAACAGUAAAAUUAAUUUCACUUUUGACAACAGUACUGCACAAUUUGGCGACGAUUUUACAACAAAUUUGUACAUUAAAUUUAUAUUUUAUUUUUUAUAUUCAUUGAUAUUUAUUUUGGGUGUAUUCGGUAAUAUAUUAGUGUGUUAUGUUGUUGCCCGUAAUAAUGAAAUGCAAACAGUUACUAAUUUAUUUAUAACAAAUUUAGCUGUGAGUGACAUAUUACUUUGUAUGCUGGCAGUACCAUUGACACCGUUGUAUACAUUUUUAGGCGGUUGGGUGUUUGGUGAAAGUUUGUGCCAUCUAUUACCCUAUGCUCAAGGUGUAAGCAUAUAUAUAAGUACAUUAACAUUAACGAGUAUUGCAAUAGACCGUUUUUUAGUAAUAAUUUAUCCAUUUCACCCGCGUAUGAAAGUGAGAACAUGUAAAGGAAUAAUAGUAAUAAUAUGGAUAGCAGCAUUAAUGCUUACUCUGCCAUAUGGUAUUUAUAUGGGCCUUGAAAAAUAUCAGUAUUGUGAAGAAAAUUGGCCGACAGAUCAAUUUCGUUUGCUAUUCAGUGUAAUAACUUGUAUUUUUCAAUUUGUAAUACCAUUUUUAUUGAUAGCUUUUUGCUAUAUAUGUGUAUCUAUUAAAUUAAAUGACCGUGCUAAAUCAAAACCGGGAAGUAAAACAAGUAGACGUGAAGAAGCUGAUAGAGAAAGAAAAAAACGUACUAAUCGUAUGUUGAUAGCAAUGGUGACUAUUUUUGGUGUUUGUUGGAUGCCACUCAAUAUAAACAAUAUUUUGGAUGACAUCUAUGAUUUUUCAACAAACUGGUCAUACUAUUACUUGUGUUUCUUCAUAGUACACUGUAUUGCUAUGAGUAGUACAUGUUACAAUCCAUUUCUCUAUGCUUGGCUCAAUGAAAAUUUUCGCAAGGAAUUUAAAAAGGUACUGCCUUGCUUUUCAAGAAUUUCAACAAACUUUACGACACGGACAACGGAUGCUUAUAGAAGUGAAAGACUAUGUAAUGGCAAUGAAGCUAUACAAGAGAAUUUACUGAACAGUUUGGGAUCUAAAUUCAAUCCUAAUGUCACUGAAGAGAGCAUACAACUUGAAUCGAGACCAGCGUCGCCAUUGCAAUCCAAUCAACGUAUUAUCAAUGAAUUUACGGAUGUUGAAGAUGUACGUUUAUAGAAUUAUAAAUUUAUCAUCAAAAUUCUGAACGGAUGUAUGGAUGAUGAAGUGGGAAUAUGGAGGAGUAUAAAAGUCAAGAGGCGGUGAAGAGUCAGAAGGUUGAUAUGAAGGAUGCAAUUUUUCUUAAGUCCAUUGAACAACUCAAAAAGACUCGGGAGUUUUAUCACUAUAUAUUAUAUAUUAUACAACUACUACUGUAUGAGAAGAUUCUUUUCAUGUCAUUUCUUUCACUUCGUGACAAAGUGAAUUGAAGCACGUGCUUGCUUAUAUUUAUAAUAAUAAUCAUAAUAUACACAUACCAAUCACAAGAUUAGAUUUGUCUUGUGCUUUUUUUUUUUUCAUGUCUAAUGUGAAGGGUGAAAAAUACAGCCGAUUUAUUUUUUAGAAAAAUGAUAAGAAAUAUAAAUGACCCUUAUUGUUAUAUUUAUAUAGAUAUUAUUGAAAAACUGAAUAUGAUGUAAAUGUAUAUAUAUAUAGAGUAGCAUGAAAUAAAUUUAGAUUUUAGACUCAUAAAAAUAUAGUAAAGAUGCCAAUAAAAGUACCUAUAUUGCAGUUCUAUUUUUCAAUUCAUGCGUUAAAGUUUUAUGAGACAAGUCAUCUCUUUUAGCAGCAUUGUAACCUUUUCAUUCUUAUUUAUCUCGGCCCUUCCUUGUUUUACAAGUAUGUUAUUGUUAUGAAUUCCAAUGAAUAUAGAUUUUUUCUCGAUAUUGUACCAUUAUUAUGCGGUUAUAAAAAUAUAAACUUAUGUUAUUUUAUUUUAAAAAUGUUAUAAAUAAAGUUGUAUGUUAAAUAAAAAUUAUUAAUGUUAAUAAAAUAAUUGUUUUUAUAUUAUAAAUUAUGAAUAAAAAUGCACUUUAUUGAUUGCAAGAGAUGAACUUCUUUUUUUUUUACUCCAUUAUUUUAAGAAUAAUGAUAUUUUUUUUUUUUCAUUUGAAAUAUGCUCAAACUCUCGGCUGUAGUUUCAAAUGAGAGUCAUAAAAUAAAAAUGCCGAUAAUUGGCGUGAAAAAUUAUUAUCUUUAUAAUUUAGUCAUUUUUUAUCAGCUAAUAGUUUUGAAAACUUUUUUUUUAUUACCUGCUA